UGUUUUCAUCUCGAACUUUCCCGGGGAAGAUAUUGUUGAGAAUUUUUUCCAGUUUGAAACGUUAUUUAGUUCCUCUUUGAAAUUAUAAGCCAAGUAUUAUGUCUAUACGUAGAGCAAGUCACGCAGGAAGCUGGUAUACUUCUGAUGCACGAAAACUAAACGCGAAGCUAGAAGAGUGGUUAUCUAAAGUUGAACCAACAUGUCGACCAGCGAAAGCUAUCAUAGCACCGCAUGCCGGUUACACUUACUGUGGUUCGUGCGGAGCCCAUGCUUACAAACAGAUCGAUCCAAGUAAAAUGUGAGUAGGUGCUCUAUUUUUGUUACAACCUAAUAACAGGAGAUGGACUUGGUUUCAGAGAAUCCCACUGACAAGAUGCAAAUUUCUUUUUUCAGUCAAUAAUGAAUUGUAUGCUACUGGAGAAUUUGAGAAGCUUGAUGAGGCUGAUGACGAGAAGGAACACAGUAUAGAACUUCAUUUGCCAUACAUUGCAAAAGUAAUGGAGAGUAAAAAGGAUCAGUUUAAGAUUGUUCCAAUCCUGGUAGGUGGAUUAAAGUCUGAGGGUGAAGCAAAGUUUGGCAGGAUUCUAAGCAAAUAUCUGAUCAAACCCGAGAAUUUUUUUGUUAUCUCUUCAGAUUUUUGUCACUGGGGAAAACGAUUUAACUACUCAUUUUAUGACAGAAGUUGUGGCCCUAUUUUUCAAUACAUUGAAGCUCUAGAUAGGAAAGGAAUGGAAGCUAUAGAAAAACUAGACCCCAAAUAUUUUAAAGAGUAUAUAGAUAAAUACCACAACACAAUAUGUGGUAGACAUCCUAUUGGUGUUUUACUCCACGCAGUUGAGGUCAUGCGACAGAUGAAUGGCGUAACCCAUCCAUGGACAUUAGAAUUUAUUCACUACUCUCAGUCCAAUGAAUGUCGUCACGCUGGUGACAGCUCUGUCAGCUAUGCUGCUGGUGUGCUGCAUCAAAAAGCACAGUGAUGUUCAACCUCUGCUUUCUUUGUAUAUAUAACUGCUUUUUCAUGUUUUUUCUCAGUGCUGGAAAACUUCUUACUUCAAUUUCCAUGCUUGUUUGGUUUUCGUAACUUCCCAGUGAAGUUUUGAGUCUCGGAUUUUUAUUUAAAUAUUAAGCUUGAGUUAAAAUGCUGGUUAACUAGUGUUAGAACAUUGUUAGAAUUAGAACAACAACUUUGAGUAAUAGAAGCAGAGGGUCUGAGUUAAAAUGUCAAGGUUUUAGGCUCAACAGCAGGUUGUCUGAUUAUUUUAAUUAGCACUCCUGAUAACCUGAUUUAACUCAUUAAGCACCCAGGCAGAAGAUAGAAGUCUUAAUAAUUAUUGCAUGAUGGGUCAAAAGUAUGUUAAUUAAAUGUAUAAGGGUACAAGGUUCAAAGCCUUCCAGGAACACCACAUGAAUUGGUGCUCAAUGAUGACUGUUGUUUCCACAAUCCAUCUGCAACUUGUGGGCAGGAGUCAUCUUUGCAGUCAGCGGUGAAACCAGAGUAUAUUUUUCUGGGCGGAUUCUCAGUUGUUGAGUAAGAAUUGAACCUGUGUGGAGAGUAAUUAACGUAAUUAUACACCUCACUCUCUAAAUGUUAAUACAAAAGUGCUGAUUUGUGCUGUCUGCAGAAUCCAGUGUUUGUGGCACUCCUUGGAGGUAACAGCUUGAUAAAUAUUUAAAUAAAUUUUUCAUUCACAAAAUGAAACUUACCAGCAGUUGUAAAAUGAAAAUGAUCUCUAUUACUGUAAGACUACUUGAACUGGGCCACCUGGCCACCUAGAAGAAAACAAACCAAUCAAAACAUAAACUGAGAACAAUGGACUGGUACCUUUUCACAAUGGCAAGUAAUGGUCUGUUUGAUGUGAAAACAUAAACACUAUCAACUCCUCUGCGUUAUAUGCUUUCUUAGAGAUUCACUCCUUGAUGGCAAAUUAUCAUAAUUAUAAAUCUUGCUCCAAAAAUUUAGCUUGAAAACUCAUUUUGCAACAAUUGAACUGAUUUCCCGUUAAACAGUUUACAAAAUUUAGGAUCAAAAGUAACAAAUAAACAAAUGGCAAAGUUUCCCGAGAGGUUUGCACCACCUCCCACUUUGUUGGGUUUUCAAUUUUGUUAAGAUCUAUUGUUUGGUUUAUUUGAGAAAAAGAUUGUAAUCCUUUUUUCUCAAGUAACAUUCUGAUUGGUUGACUCUUUUCCAAGUGGCCCAGCUCAAGUAGUAACUCUGUAAUACUCUCGCUUCACACGUUUAUUUUGUUCGGCACAGGAGACUUAACCUAAAAGAAAGAAUCUGCCAGCUUUAAAUGCAUUAUAAUAUAUUUAAAUACAAUAAUAUCAUUGAGUUUGUGGUUAGUGUUUCCUGUGCACUAAAGUUCUUGUUCUUUGAAUUGUCUUUCAAGAUCUCCCAUUUUCUUGCCAUUUGGUGAUGGUUACUAUAAGAGCAUAGGUUGUUAAGAAAUGCAAUUAUGGGAAACAAAAAGAAAUAUUUUCUUGAAAUUAUGUUAACUUAUAUUGAAGAAAUUUUGGUGGUUUGUUCAAGUAGCAUGGUAUUUUUGUUAUUGGAAUAUUUGCAACUGAAAAUACUGUUGGCCUUGUACAGGCAGUUGUGCACAUUUCCAUCUGCUAUUUUGCUGAAAAAGGAUGUCUUGAAUUUUUAUGCACAUGAAAAUAAAGUGCUAUCUAGCCAUC